AUGAAUUUGUACACCUUAGUUGAUUCAGCUUGGCUUGAAACAGCUCUAGCACAGAUUCAAAGGCGCACACCGUUAGCCAUUGUUCUCACAAAUGUUCCAUUAGUCAACAACACUAUUCGUUCAUCAAUUAACAAGAUAACAUUUUACAAAGCUCUCUUAUGUAAUAGACUAAUUACUAUUGAAGAGUACUUACAUCAUACAUACAAACUUCAAGAGUUUACUACUUUCUACAUUAAAUAUAAUAAUCGACUCUACGAGUGUUCAUCCAUUUUGAAACACAGAUAUGACACUCUCCUUACCGAUUAUUUGAUAUUACAAAGUUCAAACGACUCUCGUAUACAGGAAGAACCCUCAUCAGCCAGCGCUACCAACUCUGUUCCACAGCAACAGCUCUCAACAGCCAACGCUCCUCUACAAAGCCCACUUUCUGCCAACACCCCGCCACAACGCCAGCUCUCUGCCAACGCUCCUCUUCAACGCCAGCUUUAA